AUGGCAUAUGCUUGCGGAUCGCAUAUGGCAUAUGCUUGCAGAUCGCAUAUGGCAUAUGCUUGCAGAUCGCAUAUGCAAGCAUAUGGCAUAUGCUUGCAGAUCGCAUAUGGCAUAUGCUUGCAGAUUGCAUAUGCUUGCAGAUCGCAGAUGGCAUAUGCUUGCAGAUCGCAUAUGGCAUAUGCUUGCAGAUCGCAUAUGGCAUAUGCUUGCAGAUCGCAUAUGGCAUAUGCUUGCAGAUCACAUAUGCUUGCAGAUCACUGCAUAUGCUUGCAGACUGCAUAUGCUUGCAGACUGCAUAUGCUUGCAGACUGUGUAUGCUUGCAGACUGCAUAUGCUUGCAGACUGCAUGUGCUUGCAGACUGCAUAUGCUUGCACAUUGCAAAUGCUUGCAGAUCGCAUAUGGCAUAUGCUUGCAGAUCGCAUAUGGCAUAUGCUUGCAGAUCGCAUAUGCUUGCAGAUCGCAUAUGCUUGCAGAUCGCAUAUGCUUGCAGAUCGCAUAUGCUUGCAGAUCGCAUAUGCUUGCAGAUCGCAUAUGGCAUAUGCUUGCAGAUCGAAUGUGCUUGCAGAUCGCAUAUGGCAUAUGCUUGCAGAUCGCAUAUUGCAUAUGCUUGCAGGUCGCAUAUGGCAUAUGCUUGCUGA